AUGAAAGCAGAAAUCGAUCAAAUACCAGUCCUUUUGGCAGACUCUGGCUAUCAAGGAAUUCAUCAAAUUAUUCCAUGGGCAUUAAUUCCAUACAAGCGCAGAAAAAAUAGCGAAUUAACUGCUGAGCAGAAGACAUUCAAUAAAAAAUUGUCAAGCAGCAGAAUAAUUGUUGAAAAUUACUUCUCCGGGCUCAAACAAUAUUGGAGAGUAAUUGGAGGAAAGUGGCCCUUACAUGUUGAUGAUGAUCUCACUUUUUAUCACAAAACAUUUGGCAUGUGCGCUGGCUUGACAAACAAACUCUUGUACAGGAGGCCACUUCGUAAAGGCGCAGAAAAAUGGGAUUUCCUUGACUUAGACAGCAUGGAUGAAACAACAGAUGCAUAUAAUUACACAGAUUCAGCUUCAGAGAGUGAUAGCGCCAACUUAUAUUGA